GUGAGUGCUGCAUGUGAAGAUGUUGCAUAGGAGUGCAGGAGCUCCGCCUAAACACGGAUGGGUAGGGCAAGUGUGGGAAAAGAGGAUGAGCAAGGAGAUGGAAUAAAGCUCGCGAGCGUUACCAGAAACUACAAGAGGAGAGGAGAGAGGGGAAAGAGAGACAAUGCUUUUACAGCAAACACACACGCAUCGGGACGGCUGAGCUCCAUAGCUCAUAACAUAGUAGGAAAAGAGACUGAAGAGCGGGGCUGAAGCUCUUCUUCACCUUUUUUUUUGUUUUGUUUUGUUUUGUUUGUUUGUUUGUUUGUUUGUUUGUUUUUUGCGAAGUCCUACCUACCAGAAACAUCAGAAGACAUGCUGACAUCCUGCACGACUCUUCAUGUGUAUGAGCACUUCUUUAGAGGUGUUAUGUUCCAUUAGUUUGUGAACACUUGGCUUAUUCCCAGGCGACACAUGUUGUCUUUGGCGUUUAACUGACUUGCAUUGAUAGUCGGGAGAACCUCGAUUUAAUAACUCUCAGCUCAAUAUGUACCAGGGGCACCUGCAGGGGAAAGACUCUAGGGCUGCAGAUAAGGCCGUUGCCAUGGUCCUGAAGGAGAUACCCAAUAAGGCGUCCCCAGAAGGCAAACCCCUCCUCACGGUGACCAACAAGGUGGUGAGUGAACAACAAGAGAGCCGUCCCUUGCUAAGCCCCUCUAUCGACGACUUCUUGUGCGAGACCAAGUGUGAUGGAGCUGCCCACCCUGUGACCUCCAAUACAGCAGUGCUGUCCUCUUCUCUGGACCUGCUGGACCUGAGUGAGCCUGGUGAGAGGAGGAGCAGUAAAGACCGAAAGAGUCCCAUGUCCACCAAGAGCACGCCUCAUAGAAAGAAAGCAGAUGAAACCGAGCUGAUACAAGUGGAUGUCGAACAGAACAAACCCUGCUCUCGUACACCUGCGAAAGAUUCUCUGGAUUCAGCAGGUGUUCGUUCACCGCUAGAGAAAUGGGAGGAACGCAAUCCAGAGAGAACCGCUAGCAGGAAAUGGAAGCUAGACAAAAGACGGUCAUCCAAAAAUUCUGGAGAUUUCGCUUGGUCUACUGACAGCAAAACGCAACCUGAUACAGCUGCCAAGAACUCGUUAGAAAUAAAUUACAAGUCUGAGGCAGAGACGUCCCCAUCCACUCAACUCAACAAGCAGUAUAUUAGUGGAAGACAUGGCCGACUGAGCAAAGACCAGAGGUGGGGUGGAGGACUCCUAUCCCGAAAUCAGUCCCUCGAGGAGGAGUUUGAGCGUGCCAAAGCAGCUGUGGAAUCAGACACUGAGUUCUGGGACAAGAUGCAGGCUGAGUGGGAAGAACUGGCUCGCAGAAACUGGCUUACGGAGAAUGAGCAGGGCCAGAUUCCUUCCACUGUAUCUCCUCAUGAAAAGGGAUAUUACUUCCACACAGACAAUCCAUAUAAAGACUGGCCAAAUGCGUUUGAGGAGGGGCUGAGGAAGGCCAGAGAGGGUGAUCUACCAAACGCUGUUCUUCUCCUGGAGGCAGCCAUCUUGCAGGACCCUCAAGACUCAGAGGCUUGGCAAGUCCUGGGGACCACACAGGCAGAGAAUGAGAAUGAGCAGGCAGCGAUUGUCUCCCUCCAGAGGUGUCUGGAGCUCCACCCCAACAACCUCCAGGCCCUCAUGGCAUUGGCGGUGAGCCUAACCAACACGGGCAUGAAGCAGGAAGCAUGUGAGGCUCUACUGGGCUGGCUGAGACAUAACCCGAAAUAUAAACACCUCCUGAAGAACCACAACAACCUGCAGGGCUCACCAAACUCACGCCACCUCUCCUACUCCACACCCAUGGCAUGCUCUUUGCUGCCUGAGGUGAAGGAGCUGUUCUUGGAAGCAGCCCAGCAGAACCUAGACACAAUUGACCCGGAUUUGCAAACUGGCCUGGGUGUGCUUUACAACCUUAGCUCUGAGUUCAACAAGGCUGUAGAUGCCUUCAACGCUGCACUGUCUGUCCGGCCAGAGGACUACUUGCUGUGGAAUCGUCUCGGGGCGACACUAGCUAACGGAGACCGCAGUGAGGAGGCAGUGGAAGCGUACACCAGAGCUCUAGAUCUCCAGCCUGGUUUCAUUCGCUCUCGCUACAACCUGGGCAUCAGCUGCAUCAACCUGGGUGCACACAGGGAAGCUGCCAGUAACUUCCUGACAGCACUAAGCCUGCAGAGGAAGAGCAGGAGUCGGCAACUCUCGCACCAGGUCAUGUCUGGAAACAUCUGGGCAGCAUUGAGAAUAGCACUCUCAAUGAUGGACCAGCCCGAGCUCUUCCAGGCAGCAAACAUUGGGGACCUGGACUUACUCAUGAGGGCCUUCAACCUGGACAUGUGAACUGGCAAAUAUUUUUGACCGAGUACAAGCCAAGAACCCAAAGUCCUUCAAAUGGAGGAAGCUGUAAAUCGUUUUAUCGAAGAGGUUUUCGAGAUUUUUUUUUUCCGCAAAGCACCUUUACAUUCCUGAGAACUGCAUGGCAGUAUAUGAUUUCAGAGAAGAGCACAAUGCCUGGAAGACUGUAGAAAAUAGUAGUUAGUGACGUCUUGCUGGGUGGAUGUUGGAUGUGCUGGAAGAACUAUGAAAAAAAAAGUCUGUAACUCAAAACAGUUACAUUCCUGUGUAUUUUCCUCUUGUAUAAUGAAACAGAUGCAAAUCUGGAUUGUCAGAUAGAUCAAAGCAAUAGUUCAGUGCUACCACCUACAGGUCCUAUUUUAGCUUUUUCUUAAAUGCUAGGGAUAAAAAAAAUUCUGUUGUUUGCUGUAACUUUGCUGCAGGCCAGACAGUAAACCCUUAUUUAAAAUGCAUGACAGACAAUUAGUAAUUUCGGAGAUCUUAUGGGGAUGACAGUGGAUGAGAUGGUUUCCUCUUGAUGGCUUGUCAUUUACAAAGAAGCAAGAAGGGUUGUUUUUUUUGUUUGUUUUUUUUAACCAAAACCACAGCUUUCCGUUUGCAUCUUUACUAUAUCUCUGAAUGCCAUAUGUGACUUCUUAUGAAAGACCCACAAAAUAUGCAGGUGACUGUCCUCCACAGCUCCACUUGAUGUGAAGUCAUGCAUUAUUGCAUUUUGUCUUAAAGCUCAUUUAAGACUUUUGUUGAAUGUGAUGUAAUGAGAAGUGUCAACGUGUCAAAAAUGUUAGGGUAAAAUAAUGAAUGAUGCAUAACUUGAGAUUAUGGUUUAAUUUACCGUUUUUAAAGAUGGAGGCAGAUUACCUAAAGAGUGAGUGUUGUCACGUCUUAUCAGCUUACUAAGGAAACGGCAUGGAAAAACAUGGUAGCUUGUUAAAUAUGCACUUAUUUGUUUCUUCUCAGUAUAACUAGAUACAACUAGUCCUUACAGGGCACAUAUUUUUGCAUAUUAUAUAGCAUGAGUGACCAAAUCUACUUAUUUUGAUUAUCAUUUUUACAUUAAGCUCUUUACCUUUUGCGUAUUUAAAUGACUGUAAAUUCCCUAUGACAGGCCUGUGCUUUCUAGCUGAUUGCUUCCUACUGUAAAUUAUCUAACUGAUAUGUUGGUAGAACCCAAGGAAUGUCUCCCCCCUUUUUUUAGACCUCUGUACAAUCUCAGGUGAGAUGAUCUAGAUGACCUUACACUCUAGAACUCCUUAUUUAUGAGGAUUGCAUGCUGAAUGCACUUAUUUUUGAAUGCGGUAGCUUUAUUUAUAUGCAUGAAAUUGUCAUGCCUCUUUUAUUCUGUCCCUUAUUUCUAUGACACACAUAAUCCUGAUUUUGCAUUUCAGUACAUAUUGACCUUUAUGUAUAUUUAACAUAAAGCAGAUUAUAUAAUAGUUACCAGUUUUGCAAUGCAACUAGUAUUCUAGAUAAAAUACUUUAUUGUAUACCUGUUCAUACUAUUCUCACAAAAGAAGCCAGAUUUACUGAUGCCUGUAACGCAUGCGGAACAUUGUAGCUCGAACAAACAAGUGUGCGAUCAGUGAUUUCAGUAGUAGUAUCCCUACUACCAUGAAAUUAUACAUUCUUAUGAAACUAUACUUGCUGCAUCUCCUAAUAACAUGUCACAGGCUUCAUUAAGUCUGGUGCAACAUUAUUACACAUAAAAUAUAUCAAAUAUUGAGCAAACAUAUGAAAAUUAUCUUUUAAAAUAAAAUAAAAUGUAAUAUAUA